AUGGAAGGGAUGAUGGAAGCGAUGGAAUCCGUUGUAACAGCUAAGAAUAGCAAAACAAAUCCAACCAAAAAAAUGACCACAGCUAAAAAGGUUCGUGAUACCCCGGUGCUUGAGAAGCGCAAAAACAGGCAACAAAUAUUUAAGGAAGCACAUUGUGAGGAGAAGUUUUACCAGACAGUGACUUGGACACUCCGAUGGAAAACAUUGAGAAAAGAAAUAAAGGCGAGGGCGAUCAGGACGAGCCGGCAACACGUACAAGAGGAGGUACAAAACUCUCAGCGAUGGCGUGAGGAUAGCAAACCAAAGAAAAAUGUCAAAAGGAAACUAAUAAUUUCAGCAGAUGGUGACUCACAGAUGACUGCAGAUACAGCUCUACCAAAACAGGAUGCAAUUGCUGUAAAAAAAACAAAAAAAGUAAAACAUGAUCGGGUGGAAACCCGAAGUGGCAAACACGCAAAAACGACGCAUAAGUGGCCUAAAUUAAAAACACGUUCGUCACCUAUGCAGUUGUUCAAAUGCAUCAAGCCUCUAACGAGGAACCAACAAGAAGACGUUAAUAGGAUGGGUUUUGGAAAAAUGUUGUCAUUCAACAUCAGUGGGAUACCUCUAAAAAUUGCCCACUAUGUUGUGGACCACUUUAACCCAGAAGAAAUGGCUAUUGAAAUGCCAUGUGGGUCAAUAGAUGUUGAUGUUGAGUCUGUCCAUGACCUUCUAGGGAUUCCUAAGAAGGGCAUAGACAUGCAAAAUGUACGAACAUAUUCAAAGCUUGAUGUUGCUGUUGAAGCAUGGAGAAAACGAUAUCGUAAACGAUUUGUGGCACCAACGAACCUGGCACGAUCUAUACUCACAAGUGAUGAAGCCAACAGUUUUCAUUUCCGACUGGACUUCCUGAUGUUAUUCUUAACCGUCAUGGUUGAGUGUAACAAAAAUGGGCGAAUGAAAGAGUGGAUUUUGAAAACUUUUACUGGAGACACGGAUUUCAGUAAAAUCAAUUGGUGUGCCUAUCUGAUCCAACAAAUCAAAUCAUGUAAAGAUGGCUGGAAGAGUUGUGAUCCUGAAUCUCCAUUUUCUGGACCACUCACACUUUUGGCUUUGCUAUAUGUCGACAGAGUUAAAUGCACAGGAUUUCCAGUUGACCGGACAAUAUACCCAAUCGUAUUCUGGAACAAAUAUGAACUGAAAAAAAGAGAACGGUUUGAGAUAAAAAGAGGUGGCUUUGGUGGAGAGGAUUUGCAUGAAGUUGGUGUGGUUAGACGGGAUCCAAGAAAAACAGAGUUACAUGCUAAUGAUGAAGUUCUGAGUAAUGAGAUUGCAUUGAUAGAAAAACAUUUGGACGUGAUGGAGGCGAAAAGAGUUACGGUGGAAAAAAAAUUGGAAGUAGUGUUCAAUGCUCAUCCAGACAACGAGCAAGUUAAAAAAUUGAUACAACGAUUUGAGAAAAUUGUAUACUAA